AGGAGGUGGGGAAAGACCUGCUCCCAUCGCCGGGCUCGCAGCAGCCUUGGCCACCGCUGCCAGAGCCCUGCUUACGACUUUGUGGCCUCCGGGGUGUGGGUGGCCGCUGGGGACCCCCACAUCACUCCCUGGAGCCCCCCACAUCACCGUCCAGGACCCUCACAUCAGCACAGGGAGCCAGGCCCUGCUCCCCCCUGGCCAGCAGCCGGUGACGGCCACGCCGGUGCCCCCGGCGGGGUUCUCGUGCCCGCCGGAUGCCGCCGGGACGGCGGGAGCAUCGCCGUGACCGCUGCGAGCCGGGCCCCGCGACCGGCCGCCGGCUGAGCCCCGGGCGUUGAGCGGGCGGGCGGGAUGGCCCCCGGCGCCCCGUGAGGGUCGGGCCCGCGAGGCCAUGCUGCUGGGCCCCUGGCUGGUGGCGGCGGCGGCGGUGGCGGCGGCGGCCGGCGCGGGCUGCCCGGUGCUGUGCAGCUGCCGCGGGCAGGCGGUGGACUGCAGCGGGCAGCGGCUCUUCUCCGUGCCCCCCGAGCUGCCGCUGGACACCGGGAACCUGAGCCUGGCGCACAACCGCAUCUCCAGCAUCCCGCCGGGCUACCUGGGCUGCUACGGGCAGCUGCGGGCCCUCGACCUGCGCAACAACUCGCUGGCGGCGCUGCCGGCGGGGCUGUUCCGCGGCGCCCGGCGCCUGGCGCACCUGGACCUCAGCUACAACAACUUCAGCCUGGUGCCCGCCGACAUGUUCCGCGAGGCCAGCGGGCUCCUGCGCCUCGACCUCAGCCACAACCCGGGGCUGCGCCGCGUCCACCCCCAGGCCUUCCGCGGGCUGGCCCAGCUGCGCGAGCUGGACCUGAGCUACGGCGGGCUGGCGGCCAUCAGCCUCGACGCCCUCGAGGGGCUGCCCGGGCUGGUGGGGCUGCGCCUGGGGGGCAACCCCUGGCUCUGUGGCUGCGCCAUGGAGCCCCUCCUCAAGUGGCUGCGGGGCCGCAUCCAGCGCUGCGCCUCGGAUUCGCAGCAGGCCGAGUGCUGGGCCCCCCCUGAGGUGGCGGGGGCCCCCCUGCUCUCGCUGACGGAGGAGAGUUUCCAGGCCUGCCACCUCACGCUGACGCUGGACGACUAUCUCUUCAUCGCCUUCGUCGGCUUCGUCGUCUCCAUCGCCUCGGUGGCCACCAACUUCCUGCUGGGCAUCACGGCCAACUGCUGCCACCGCUGGAGCAAGGCCAGCGAGGACGAGGAUGUCUAGGCACCGCUGCCGCCACCGCCGCCGAUGGACCCCCGCCCCGGCCACCCCCCGGCCCGGCCGCCCCCGCGGGGACACCGGACUGUGCCUUGUCCUCGUCCCCUCCCGCCGCCCCCCGCGCCAGGGUGGCCCUCGAGACGCCGGGGACACCAGGGGACAGACCCGCUUCCUUUUGCCCCAAAAUGGGGAGGUUUUGCCCCUGCCCCCUCCAUCACCGUGAGCUUGGACCCCCUCCUGUUCCCACCGCCCAGGACUGAUGGAGGCAGCAGCUUGGGGGUCCCGAGGAAGUGACCCCCCCACCUCUGCCUGGGAGAGACAGAGACCCCAAAAACUACGUGUGCCCGGGGAGACUGAGGAAGUCCCUGCUUGCAGCCCCAAAGCAGCACUGCUGGAGCCCCCCCCAAAUCCUACCCCAUGCUCUCCAGCCUCCCCAGAAAUCCAGGGGGGCAGGAGGUGGUGCUGGCACCCAGCUCGGCACCACGGCCCCAGGGAACACCUGCGCCUUGCCGGUGACACCAGGAGGUGCCAGGGCAGCACCGGGACCACCAAGCCUGGCGGUGGGACGGGCUGGGACAUCUCCCAAGUCCGGGAUCU